CAACGUAACCAUGGAUCACCAUAAUCAAUCAAACAUUUGAAUCGGUGGAAAAUUAGUUACAAUCAAUAUAAUUGACUCUAGAAAUAAUUUGGAAAUUAAAAACUUAUCAAUCUGAGCAAUUCACACAAACGGUGAAUCAAAUAAAAACUUAAAUCAAGUUCUCAUAUUGUAAAAAAACAAAGCAAUGUUAAUAAACUGUUUUACAUUACUAAUACCGUCCGAAUAAUAGUGGACCACGACAUAAAACAAAAAAGGAUAUAAUAAAAUAAUGGGAUUUCAUAAUAUAUUUAACAAGAUCCUAAAUUUGAAAAUAGAAUUCUCAUAUUAUAAAGCAAUAAUUUUUUUAAAAUAUAUAAAAAUCCAAAAUCACAGUAUGGCCUUUAAAAAAUUAGGUAAAAAUUUACGAGAUACUGUUCCAAUUCGCAAAAUCUUUUAUUCUCAAAGAUGAAACCUUAUUCCAAACUUAAUUACAUGGAUUUUAACCCUAAGUAAUUUUAUUAUAUGCUCAGUAUGCCACUCCACAAUGGUUACAGUGGUCCAAUUGCUACCAGUACAUUCGAAAUUUAUGACAUAUUUUUCAAAAAAAAAAAAUAAAACUCGAAAUAAAAAACCUAGAUUAUAUGAUUCUUAUCACCUACAAAAACUUUUUGACUGUAAAUAUGAAACCAAAUAUUCAGCAAAUUUGAAAAUUUAAACAACAUCCAACAUAAUAUCAAACAAGAAAUAUAAACAAACAUAAAGUCUGUAUGAACACAUUCUUCCACCAGAUAAUUUUCUUAAAUAAAAAGGCAACAUAACAAAACUACCACACACAAGUCCAACGGCUUGGCACUAACUAAAAACGAUAAUGUUUGAUUUUCUUCAAAAUGACAAAAGUAGUUCAGUAGGCAAAAAUCGAAAUCCAAUCGUCUAUCUACAAAAGCAGAAAACUAACAAACUCCGACUAAAUCAAAGACUAUUCAGACUUACUAUGAUCUACCUACUCAACUAUAGCAAAUUUCAUACAUCUACUCAAUGAAGCUACAAAUUUCACAAGAAACCAUAAUACAACACCAGAAAGAAAUCUCUGAAAGGAAUUAAAUAGUUAACAUUUCAAAUGAAUUAUGGGGUAUCACAAACAACGGGCGUCUGGGACCACGUGAGAUGCGUCAUAUCACACCAUGCUUGUCUCAAUAAUAAUCCAAGUUGAUCGUGGUCGUCACAUGACCAAUGAUUUCACAUGAUUUUUUUAUUUUCGGUAAAUCGGCUCAUUUUUUACCCAAGGAAUUCAAUGAUCACCUUACUAGAUUGCGCUUUUUUGUAGUAUUUUGCGCAACUUCAUUAUACUGUAUUAUUACCGAUAUUGAGGGACAACAAUGUCCAGACGUCUCCCAAAGGAGGGGUGUCUGAUCAUCUGUAAAAUGGGUUUCUCUGAAACGGGACAAUGUCACCCGAUUUGUAUAGUGUGCCGUACUGCAAUGAGUAUCAACCACAGAAAAUUUCUAUAUAUCUAAAUAGAAUCAGAAAAUUUAGAACAAUAUGUUAUUACUGGCAGUCACCUAAAGUUACAGAGAUAUGAAGCUUCAUUAUGCCUGCUUAUCCCUUCACACGCUACCAAUGUUACUGUAUAAUCUUUAUUUCAAACUCCACAACUUAGUCUGCUAAUAUAUUCUAAUAAAAAAAUAGUAAAUACUUAAAAAAAUGAUAACAGCUGUUCUACCAUCUACUAACGAACUACAGAACUAUAGGAUAAGUAAUACUUUUCUACAUGCUUUCCCUUGAUCUCUGUGCCGUUACAGUACUGCAGUAAUACAAAAAUGAGAAUAAAACCUAUCUGACCUAUAGUUAUACAGUUAGUUAUAAAGGUUUAUUUUACAUAGACUUGAUAUGAAAGUGCUAUAAUAUCACAUACAACAACAGGCGAAAAAAAUGCUUUACCAGUUUUCCACACAAUUAAAAUCGAACGAACAGAAAAAGGAAAUUGUAUGUCAAUUUUCAUUUGAAAUCAUCUAGAAAACAGACAGUACUUGCGCAGACAGUUAGGCAUCAAGAGCCACAAUACGCUACCGGUAUGUUUAAAUUACCAUCAACUGAUCAAGUUACAGCAUGCAAAGGCGAACUGGGUUGUAAUAGAUCAGUAAAUAGCCUCUUCCUACUGUUCUUCGCUUAAGCCUUCAAUUAUACUAUUACAAAUAGGCUAACCAAUACCGGAAAGUACGGUAAACAAACUCUAAACAAAGACUUCAAAAACCUGAAACAGUUCCAUACACUGAUCUGUAAAGACUUGACUGCUUAAAACUAUCACUCUGCACUCAGUCCUGCCGUUUCCAGAGGAUGCAAAAAUCAAUGAACCUAAUACUGUAAUAUACAUAUAUACAAAUCUAUCUAUAGCAUUUCCCCUAACUUAUAGUAACCUUGUUUCCUCAUGGCAUAUCCAAUCUCAACGAAAUACUUAAUUAUGUUUAAAAGUUAUUUCUGUGUCGGUAAUAAAUAUACGGUACAUAAUAAAGGGAUAUUACAAAAGAAAUAAGAGUGACUGGCCUUAUUCUAUAUCACAGUACCGACCAACAAUUAAUACACAUUGCUCAUGGUACAGAACAAAAUAUUUUAGGAAUUAAAACCGGCUCCGGCAGAGCAAACUACAAAAAUUACUUCAUCUUUCGAUGGCAUCCGCCCUCCACCACACCCCUCUGUCAUUGCUACAUUGCGAAAUAGUUUCGCUCGCUGGUCGAUCGCGCCAUUUUCGUGCAACACUUCGCGUUUGGCAUGUAUCGCCCUUAGAAGCAGGAAAACAGCAACUUUAGCUAAACUUAUCCAUAGAUUUUUGUAGCAGUAUAACAAAAAAUAACUUUAUGUCGCCUAUGGGCUCUUAGAAGGUUAGAGAUACUUAGAAAUCAAAACUAAAAACGCAAAAUUCGACCUAGAACGCCCGCGCAAUAGCAAAAACAGCUGGCGAAAACGACGCGAACUGUCGCUCGCGACAUCUUUCUCUCCGUGACGUUUCAAAUAAAAGAAAAACGUUUCGCGCGAGGACAAGCGUGCAGAGAAAAAAUAAACGCAGGGUAAGAAAUUAAUACGAGUGUUUUCUCACUUAGGCGAAUAGCACGAGGCUUACUGCGGCCCGUAGUUUCUGUGCGAAGCAUAAUUGUAGUUACAUCUUGUCACACAUAUCGUGUGCAUAAAAUGGCCAUGCACCUGACCUAAAUAAGUGUUUUAAUACUGCAAAUAAUGUUUGCCUGUGCCUUAUCCCGAUAGAAAUUUUCUUGAGGGGUCGGUUGACCUUGCAGUCUGGCCCGCCCCUUACGAUUAUAGUUUACGAUCACUGUUCAUUCUUUUUACUGUAAUGUGUACUUUGAUUCUAUAUUCGAAAAUAAAUCAUUAUCGUAUCUCUCUCUCCCUCAUAUAUAAAUUUCUUUCUCGUGCCCUACUAAAAGCGGCCCAGUUGAACAAAAGGUGUUCUUUCCAAAUAAUGUGACUUUCUCCUUAAAUUUUCAUUUCAAAAGGGCAAAUAAUGUAUUGAUCAUUAAAAUAACACUUCAUUUGGUUCUGAUUGAAUUUAGGUUCUUUAAAAACGCAACAAAGAUAGCGAGUUCAGUUCAAACACUUCCUUCGGUCUGCUCAUCAUUUUGCGACUCCAGUUUCAAAAGUUCGUCUUUUAGAGUUGUUUCGAAUAGAACCCAUGAUCAAUAAUAACUGAUAAAUCAUAUCAAUAGCACGCCAUUAUUUAUGCAUCGUUGAACGCAGCUUAGUAGUUAAUUAUUAAGACACGGACAUAAUAUUUAAUUUACGAUUUUUAACGAGGGCGAUUCAAGACUAUGCACAAUGAAAUGGAUUCGGAAUACAUUCUUCAGGAAGCCAGGAAAAUGUGCGCGAAAGAUUACCAGGAAGAAAUUAAAGAAAACGGGAUUCUAUCGCCAAGUAAAAAUAAAAGCCCACUCUGGCCGCCAUGGUCGACUUUGGAAUACGAAGCCAUGGAAAGGGACACAGCAAAAUAUUUUCUAUAUUAUGGCGCAAUAAAUAUGGCUCUGAAGGAUAUUCUUACAUCACAAAAAACUAAGAAGUCAAUAAAAGUAUUGGUUUUAGGACCCGGUCGCGGUCGGCUUGUGGAAUACGUCAUAGAUUGUAUGAAAAAUAACAACAUAAUUGGUGUAGUACACGUCAUAGAUGCGAAUGAUUCUUGUUUGAAAUUGAUAAGAGAAAGGUAUAGUGACGUUUCACGCGUCAUUGUUCAUAAAGCGUUGGUGAUAAGGGACUGUGACGAAACAAAGAAACUGAUAAAAGGCGCUAAGGCUGACGACGAAUUGCGAAAAUUGCUUCAAGAUAAAUUGAUCGACCUUAUAGUUUCGGAACUCUUUGGAUCUUUCGGAGAUAACGAAUUUAUGCCGGAAAUACUCUCUGUAGCCAUGAGGCUCUUCUGCAACGAGGGGUGCAUUUCGAUUCCACAAAUAUACGUGAACUAUAUAACGCCCGUGUACUCCGUAACUCUCGACUCAUUUUUUAAUAAGAUCGAAGAAGAAAGUGGAAUUUUGGAAAAUGUUUACAUUACGGGGUUACCUAUUGACACGAUUCUGCUGUCCGAAGCGAAAGAGUUGUAUUCCAACGAAUGUGUCACGGUAUGUAAAACUAUGGAUGAAAAAGUCACGUUCCAAAUAGGCAAAAAGUUUAAACAUAUACACGGAUUCGAUCCGGAAGGUCCUAACAAAGGGGGUCAAAUGUCGUGUGAUAAUGCGGAAAAACGAUCGUGGAACGGAGUUGAUAUUUCCGGGUUUUUAGGUCACUUUAAAGCCGUGUUGUAUAAAGAUUUUUAUAUCGAUACAAGGCCUGGUCCGUACAGGAAUACAUACUUCUGGGAAUCGUCAUUCUUCCCACUAAACUGGGAAUCUAAGAUAAAAUUGAAUGAAUAUAUGAAGCACUCAAUUUGCGACAAAGACGAAACAGGUCUAAAUUCGUUUUCUAACACUGCAAAAUUUAAAGAGAAAAAUCGAGAACUCCAGUUCAAGCUACAAAGAAUUUUGAAAAAAUUACCCCACAGAAAACGAACUAUGGAUGGUACAGUAAAGCCGCCAAAUUGCGAUGCUGCUAGUCCUAGUUUAGAAGUUUGGUACGAAUGGUCGGUAUUGAAUACCGAUGGUGAUUUAUUAGGGGAUAUUCAUAACAGCGGAGGGAAAUUCCACAAGUUACAUUUAUAAUUGUAUUAGUAUUUUACCAAGUGGAAAAAAUUCUCACUUAAUUUCAGACUCCCAGACAUUUAAAUAACCGUUCCUCAUUCCAGGUUGUCAAAAAUUUUGACUCCAACUUCAGCUUUCGACUCCGAACUGGCCGAAUUUCGACGUCUGUCAGCCACAUUUAGUUGAAAUGUCAUUAGUUUAUGUUCAAAAU